AUGUCGACUGAUACCAAAGCAGCAAAGAGCACCAAUUUUGGCCAUUUGCCUCUAUCGACAUCUGGACCGCAGGAAACCAGCCUGACUCUUUCACCAAAGAAGAGCGCGAUACCUUCAAGCUACAUGGUCUUCCUUCCCACCAACGUUCAGACCCUCGACGAGCAGGUCAAGCGCGCAUAUGCUCAGUACUCCUCCCGACCGAAUGACCUCGCCAAGAACACCUUCAUGACGAGUCUGAAGGAGCAGAACGAAGUCUUGUACUACAGGCUCAUCCUCGACCACCUCAAGGAGAUGUUUUCGGUCAUCUACACCCCCACUGAGGUCGUAAGCGACGGACAGCAGAUACUUGGCAUUGGCGACCAAGGUGUAGGGGCCAUCCUCAUCAGCAUAGCGAAGCUCGUCAUCUACACUCUGUGCGCAGGUAUACAUCCUUCGCGAACGCUGCCUGUGGUCCUUGACUGCGGCACCGAUGAUUCUGGACAAAUACAACCUGAGAUCGCAUGUUUUAACGAUGAUGUACAAGGCACCGGCUGCGUAACGCUGGCAGCCAUCAUGGCAGCUUUCAAAGUGAGCGGGACCAAAUGGGAAGAAGCUCGCUUUGUCAUGUUUGGCUCGGGAUCGGCAGGCACGGGAAUUGCAGACCAGAUCCAAGAUGCUAUCGUCCAGAACACCGGAAAGUCGAGGGGAGAAGCCGGGCGCCAAAUUUGGUGCGUUGAUAAGCCUGGUCUCCUUUUACAAGGCAAGAAGGAUCAGCUCACCCCAGCUCAACUUCCUUUUGCGCGAGAGGAUAAGGAGUGGGAAG